AGUGAAGUAGACAGCUGUGUAGCACCAACAUUCUUCCAUGCAGAUUGUGACUCAGUAGUCACCGAGGGAAACGGUUGCUUGGUAACUACGGAAGAUAUCGAGGCGGCUUGGGCUGUUGUGCUAGAUGGUGCCUCUGAAGCUCCAACAGGGUGCGAAGACGGUAGUUGUGGAGGCGGAGGAGGAAUGGGAUGAUCAGUGCGAUUAUCAAAUGAACAUUCCAAUUCGUUAUCAUUUGAGGGUUGUAGAGGCAUCUGCAGAGGCUCCUCUGGUGGAGAUAUUACUAGAUUCGAGACACCAAGUGGUUCAGGAAGAUCACCAUGUUGUUCCAGUGAGGCCACAGAAGUAGGUUCUUCCAUGGAGGAAUCAUUAGAUGAGACAAAAGCUUGACGAACCAGAGUGGAGGAGUUGAAGAUGAAACUCAGAGGACGGGCAUCUUUACCGUUCUCCCCAGACGGUGCAGAGGAUUCAGUUGCCAAAGUAACGGGUGGAAUAGCUUUGAGCUCAAGGGAGGGUUUUGUCGAAGCAGAUAAAGAAGAGACGUUGGAGGCCGAGGAAGGCAGUUGAGAGCUGGAAGAUGGGUGGAGGGGAAGGAUGAGAAGGUAAAGGAAUACCCAUUCCUCUUCUUCUGAGGAAGAAGAUCCAUCCGAUUGGGAUACGGAAUUGGAAGAUACCAAAUUUGCGGUUUGGAUCCAUUCGGCAACUGUCCAGCUACCCACUCGUGUAGCAUCCAUUCCGUUCACCUAAAAUAUAAACGUUACCAACAGUUAAAAUGUCACAGAUUUACUGUCUCCUGUAGAAAUAAAAUGACAAAAUACUUACAACCACCAAAAAUACUUAAAUACUGCAUCGCUAUCACUUACACCAAUGAUAAUAUCACCGGGAUGAAGUAAGCCACACCGACCAGCAGGGCUGUUUUCAUUGACACUGGCAACAAACACAGGUUGAGAAACCUCUUGCGGUAGAGCGAGUGUACUGACAUCACCUCCGUUAGUCCACACGUCAGGACCCGUGAUAGAAAGCCCCCAUGUAUCUUCCUCAGGCAAUUUCAUAAGCUUUAGUUCACGAGUUUGAGUCCAGAAAGUACUCGAAUUGGCGCUUUCAUCAAAGAGCUGGUUUAGGGGUUCAGUUGCAAUGAUCAAGUUAGGGGGUGGUAGAUUUACCAAAAGACUGGCACGGCGAGAUCUAUUUAGGUGGUUUUCAACUGGAGGUUCUUCAGAUAACUUGGAUCGAAGAUAUUUAGCUCGAUGCAGUAUAACCUUCUCACACGGGAAGUAUGCGAUUUCGAUGGAAGUACAUUCGGACGCUUUACGAAGAACACGGAAAGCUUCAGCAUUUGUGACCUUUCGAAGAUUGUCAGAAUUGAUGCGGGUGAUAUAGUCACCAGGAACUAAAGCUGCUGCUCUUUCAAUAGAACCUCCACGAAGUACCUUCACUACUCGACAACCAUCUACACCACCAGCUGAUAGGGCAUCAAGCUCGCAACCAAGAGGAAGUGUAUUCGAAGUGACAAUUACAGUCUUCUGGUCACUAGGAUCCAUUUCAGGAACCACUAAACCUGGAGCAUGA